AUGGGCAUCAUCGGCGUCGACCGCCAUUCCCGAUCCCGCCCAACUCUACCCUUUGCAGAGGGCGACGCUGCUGUCCGCUACCCGCGUCACCAUUUGGGCGUUGGACCCAACAAUCCUUACGCGUGGCGUAUGAUUCUCCUUUUCAUAUCAAUGCAGACGCCUUAUUUCAAGACGCUGGCCACGCCCCCGAUCAACGAGACGCUGCGGGACGCCGCUGCCCGCCGUGGCAUCUUCGUGGGAUCGGCCAUCAACUACUGGGAUUUGCAAAAGGACGCCGCCUAUGCCCGCCUGGCCGCAGCACAGUAUAACCUCGGAACCGCCGAAAACAGCUGCAAAUUUGCGGCAACCGAGGGCCAGCCAGGCUCGUUCAAUGUAUCCGAUUGUACUUCGGUGCUCAACUUUGCCCACGAACAUGGCAUGACCUUUCGGGCGCACAAUCUCAUCUGGGGCCGUUCCAACCCCGACUGGCUCGUUAAUGGCUCCUACUCACCUGCUAAUCUGAGCACGCUUGAAGGCACCCAUAUUCAGCACGUCGUGGCCGAUGUCGGCAAGCGCCCUUACUGUUGGGAUGUGGUCAACGAAGCCAUUGCCGAUGAUUCAGACAACAGCAGUACGCUGUUCAAGGCAGCAGAUCCCUGGUAUCCAGCCGUGGAAGACUAUGUUUACAAGGCUUUUGCUGAAGCCCAUGCCGCGGCCCCAUCCUCGAUCAAGCUGUUCUACAACGAUUAUGGCGCUGAAGGCACGGGUGCCAAAGCGAGUCGGGUGAUCCAACUGGUCAAAAACCUGCAACAGAAAAACAUUCGCAUUGAUGGCAUCGGGUUGCAAAUGCACGUCAGCACCGGCUACUACCCAAGCUUUGACAGUGUGAGCGCCAACAUCAAAGCCCUCGGCGAUUUGGGUCUGGAAGUCCACAUUACUGAGAUGGAUGUCAAGUGCCCCACGUGCAACACCACCCAAGGCCUUGAGCAACAAGCAGCCAUCUACGGUGGCAUGCUCAAGGCCUGUUUGGACAACGACAAUUGCCGCUCCUUUGAAACAUGGGGCUUUACAGACAAAUACACUUGGCUGGAUCAAGACACAUACCCCCUGCCCUUUGACAAGAAUCUGCAACCCAAACCUGCGGUCGCUGAGCUCUUGUCCAUCCUGCAAACCUAUGCCCUGCCCCGCACGCCCGCCGCAUAG